CUCAAUAACUCCACGCAUACCACCACUGAGUGGAAGUGUAAAUUACCAAGCGGCGCGCAUAACCCGUGUAUGCCUUUUUAUGCUUUCACAUUUUUUUUAGCACUUGUUUCCUGUCGGGUAGCAGCUAGUCGGGGUACACUUGUGCGGACAUACGUUUGCGAAAACAGUUGGGUGGUGCACGAGUUAAGCCACUCUUAAAGCGUACACGGAUGGGUAUGCUAUCCGUACGCAUAGAGAAGCUACUUAGGAGGGGGGACCUAAAUUUUCCACUUUUUUGCUAACCAUUUAAGUGAUAUGCAAAGCAAAAAAGCGCACCAUUUAGGAGUGAAGCUUACCCAUCAUAGGGUGCUUCUUUGCCAUUAAGCACAUCCCACAAAUGAAAAGAAAAUGAGGGAAAAAAAAAAAAAAAUGCCAGGAGGAAAACCAUACAUUUUCCUUCCACAUUAAAAAUUGAAAAAUAAUUUUUUAAAACGGUUUUAAGGAGGCUCCAAUAUUUUAUGAGUAUCCCAUUAGCAACGAUAAUAUUUAAAAAAAAAAAAAAAGCAAAAAGGAAAAAGGAACAAAGAGCUAUUGCUCUAAUUUGAUUAACGUUAAAAAAUACAUUAAAGGAGUCCCCCCUUCCAAAAAAAAAAAUAAAUAUGGGAUAAAGUCAAAAGCAGAUAAUAACCUGUAAUCCUGUUUCACAUGUAAUGCGUUCAUUUUAUUCCUUUUCGCUUUUUUUGGUGAACUUUACGUUUUUUUCUCGCGCGUGAGUUGCGAAGGGAGGAGUUUCCCCCGUUUAUGUGCACACAUGUACGGGCAUACGCGCGUGCGUACAUACGUGCGUUCGUACGUGCGUUUAUAUGUGCGUUCAUGUGUGCCUUCAUAUGUGCGUUCAUAUGUGCCCAUUUCUUUGCAUACGUAUGUACAUUUGUGCCCAGCGCUUCAACCAUUUUGUGCCUCACCCACUGCCGAGCUGCGCUUCGCAUACUUUCACGCCUAAUGAAGUCUCGCCUGUGUAGACUCAAAAUGAAAUGCGAGUGAUUCCCCUGGCGCCUCUUGAAACUGACAAAGGAUGCGUUUCUUCUGCGCCCGAUUUUCUGGGAAGAAAUUAAUCUUUUGAGUUUUAAAAAAGGGGGCAGCAUACAGGCGUAAGCAGAAGUGGGAGUACCUACGCGAAGGGGCGAUCACACGAAGGUGCACUCACGUAGGCGCUCUCACAAGUGGGACUCCCCCCCAGCUAUGCCCACCAUAGUGAACAAUGAAAUUCCUAAAAGUUGAAGAAUUUUUCGCCAAGGCCAAGCAAGAUGAGGGGGGGAGGAACGUGCUGCUGAUAACCGUAAACUUGCUGCUGCUGUUCUCCAUGUUCCUGUAUGGCAUAAACUACAUACUGAUGAAAUAUUUUAUUAUGAUAAAGGGGUCCAUCUACGUGUUCAUAAUUUUGAGGACAGUCUUGACCAUCCCACUGAUGAUUUACAUGUACAUGUCCAAGCAGUCGGAGCCGAACAAAAAAAAACUGCUGCACGGUGUGAAUGAAAAUGAUGGGGCGGACGAGCAGGAUGGCCAGAUAGACCUGGAGUUGUCAAAAGUUGGAGAAGAAAAUGAAAAAAAAAAAAAAAAAAAUUCCAAAGGUGAUAAAAAUGACGACAGUAGUAGUAGUAAGAAGAAGAAGAAAAACGGGAAGGACAGCAAGGAUGGGAAAAUGGACGAUAGCAUGCAAAAUGCAGAUGGGAAAAAUAACGCAGACGGUAGUGACGAGUACAGCAGUAAUAAGAACGAAACGUGUGCCGGUAUAGAAAAUACAUGCUCAAAUUAUUUCAGCAGAUUGCUAAAAAAUGAUGAAAAGUUAAUUCCUAAGAUAGCGUACAUGCCCAUACUCAUCCUGUCCGUUACGGGAGCUCUGAGACAGGUCAUUGUCAUAAUAGCCUUACAGUAUACCGAUUCUCAUAACGUGGCUAUCAUACAGCCAACAAUACCCAUUUUUACAGCCCUCAUGUCCUAUUAUUUGAAGAUUGAAAAAAUGAAUUAUAUAACUUGCUUGUCCAUUUUUUUAUCUUUCUUUGGGUUGGCCAUAACUGCGGAAGUGUGGAAUAUGGGUUCCUUCGAUUUUGGUUUCCUCCUAUUAUUAACCGUGCCAGUUACGAAGGGGCUGCAAGUGAUAUAUAUUAAUAUUGCCACAAGAUACGUAAGUAAUGACAUCAUUCAAUUUUCCCAAAUGGCUGUUUUGUUCUUGAUAACCCUUCCAUUUGGCAUCCUCGGGGAGAUGUUCAUCAAUGAAAAUUACAAUGUGAUUGGCGAGAUGUAUAAUGUGACUACUAAUCAGUUUUUGUGCAUUUUAUAUUCUACCCUUGCCAUUAUUUUUCUCUGUUGGAAAAUUCAAAUCAUCGCUUUGAAUUACCUGACCCCCGUAACCGUUUCGCUGUACCAGUCCUUUCAGCCCUGCUUCACCUUCGUGUUGGCUAGGCUCUUCCUCAACGAGACCAUCAAUUAUAAUAAGUACAUCGGCACCAUCUUCAUUGUCCUCUCGUUGCUGCUGUACCAGUACGGUUGCACCAAGCGCCCCAAGGCGUAACGCGGCGGGGCCCAUACGAACAGGAACAGGAGCACGCACGUGAGCGGCGUACCUGUGGGCGUUCCCCCCUUUUUUAUUGUUCUUAUAACGCAAAUGGAAAGUGGCUUAUUGCCAUCUUU